GAGUGAUUAGCUGCCUGGAGCAUGAUACGUCAUGCCCGAGACAUGCCUCAAUACGAAUAUUACCGUCUGUGUAACAGUACGGCGUCCGAUUGACCCGCGAUAAGCUGAGGCGGUGGACAUGCGACCACCUCAAGCUAACCUCAUCGCCGGCAACGAAGUAAAGGGUGCCCCUUCGACCAGCGACCGUCAAUAUCGAUCUGAGAAAGAGCCGCAUCGCGAUUCAAUAAAAACAUUCACAAUGGAAAGUCUACUUGCACCGAUUCAAGAUGCUUUGGAAGGUCAAAUCGACUUCCAAGGCCAGCGCAUUGCAGAGCUUCUUAGCACAGUGCUUCUUGUUCUGUCGGGUGCCGUUGCUUUCAUUGUUGGAUACAUCUUCCAGGAUAUUCAUCUCACACUUUGGGUCGGAUUGGCCGGCACGUUAAUAACUGGGUUGGCCGUCAUUCCGCCUUGGCCUAUGUACAAUAAGAAUCCCGAGAAAUGGCUUGUUCCCUUGACGGCGGGCGUGGGAGGUGGUGCAGGCAUCAUGGUAGAUGGAGUUAAGGUUGCGUGAGACAAAAGUCGCGGACUUUGGACAUGUCUAAUUUAUAUCCUGAAUCAAUCACAACUUGUCCGCUUGCGUGUGCACAAACAAAACCUGCAUCAAUAAUUUUGAAAGCCGCUGCUGAGAACUGCGAAAUGAACCACAA